AUUUUACAUAUAAAUAGAUACAACAUAUUGCCAGAAUAUUAGCUAUUUAAGCCAGAUUUUUUUUUUCUAUCUUCCCUUUAUUAGAUAUAAACUACAAAAACUGUAUUUCAAUAAAUGUGACAAAUUCCAAGAACAAAAAUACUUCAUUCAUUCUUAAACUCACUUGUGUAGCCACAACUUUCACCUUUUCUAAAUCUAAUGAAUAAAAAUCCACAAGAAAAUCUGUAGCCUAUAGAAUAAAGAAUCAAGUCCAAAAAAUUUAAUCGCCUGGGAAGCGCAGCUACGCGAGGUGCUAUUCCGCGAUCAAGUGACCAAGAAGUUAGACGGGAGUGUAUACUGCCAAUGUGUUUCGUCUUGAUUUUGUCUUAUUUCAUACGUAUUUAGUCCAAGACUGAUUGGCGAAGUCCUCUGCAAUCUUCUGACUUAAUGGAAUGUAAGAGGUGACAGUAAUGGCGGAGGUAGAGGAGAGUAUGUCUGUCAUUAAGGAUAUGGAGAGCCUUCCUAAUCCACGCUGCUGCUCCCCCGUGCUCCAGGAAUCACAGAACGGGACAAAAGGGCAAGCGAAGACCCCAUUGCCACCUGGUAAUGAGGUAGUUGUGAUAGGGAAGGGGAACGUAAUGAUGGAGGGCAGCCAGCCCCAGGCGUGUGUGUUCUGUGGGGGCCUGGGGCAGCUGAGGUGCUCAGUGUGCAAGGCAUGGUACUGCAGCAUGGUGUGCCAGGUAGAUGACUGGUACCUCCACAAGAAUACUUGUCGCUCUCCACCGGUUUUGGAUGAUCCACAGAAGAUAAAUAGUAGCCUGUGUGGAACAGGUGGUGAUGCAUUCUGUGAUGCUGGUGCUGUCAUGAUGUCUUCCUCUCCCUUCUCCUCCUUCUCCUCCUUUGUUGAUGGACUGGAGAAGGACAUCAGUGGGAGAACAUCAGAAGAGAUGGAUCCAUGUUCUGGCCAGAAGUGUUGCAUGGUAAAGGAGAUGCUUCCAGCAAGAAACAUGGGAAACAUGCCUGCUAACUUGAACAUGAUGACUGAGAACAGUUACAAUUGUGGCAGGGGUGCUAUGCUAAAAAAACUUACAGAAGAAGGAAGUUAUAGUGCAGGAAGGGGUGCAGUGCCUAAGAGGAGUAAUAUGACAGAAAGUAGGUUUGUAGUAGCAUGUGAUGUAUCUCCAAAGAGAAGUAUUGCAACUGAAAAUGUUGUGGACAAAACUGCAGCAUUCCAGAAAGAAAUUGAUAAAAGUCCUAGUCUGAAAUAUUCAAUCCCAAAGAAGAGCCUUGCAGAGAUAUCAGAUAAUUAUGAUAAUAUAGAGAGACAUGCUUUUGCCAAUGACAUGAAAUGCUUGCCCAAAGUGCCACUGACAGAGAAAUCAGCUGUUCCAACUGGUGCUGUUGUAAUGACACUUGGAGAGUCUGCAAGAAAUGGAGAAUCUGCUUUAACUUUGUAUGAUACAACAAAUUCAUCAGUUAUUUCCCCCUCCAAAAAAGCUCCUGAAACUUGGCUGUACUUUGGUAGCUUGCUGGAGAUAGAGAAAAUCUACAGUGGUUUGAUCACCUUGGCAGACAGUUAUGAGCAGUUUACUGCUGUUGUUAUGGUUGAGGCUGCAUCAUGCAUAUUCAGUGAGGCACAUGAAAUUUUAAGCACAGUCCCAGUUGAUUUAAAUUUUAAGCCAGAGGUUGGGUCUCUAGUAGCUGCUUACUCCCCCACUGAGGAGACCUGGUACCGAGCACGUGUACUAGAAAUAGAGGGAUCCACCUACAGGGUUUGUUACAUAGACUUGGGGAAUAAAGAAGCCGUGGAACAAAUAAAGCCAGUUCCUGAAGGAUCAUUUUCAGAACUCCCUGAACUGGCAUUCUUUGCCAAGCUCCAUAGUAAAAUUAAUGACCAGGUCCAGGAAAAGUUGAAAAAAAUUAUUCAAACAGAUAAUACUUUAAAGUUCAAAGUUAUUGCCAAGAAGGGAUUGGACGUAAAGAUUGCUUUGUGUGAAGACGAAGACAAAAAUAAUACAGCUGUUGCUGAGUAUAUUCUUGGACCACUCCUGAUGCCUGCUGUCUCCCCUUCCCCACCAGCUGCUUCCUCACCCAAACCAAAGGCUGCUCCCUCAGCUGCUGUGAGGGAGAACAUUGGCCCUGAUUGUGGUCCACCUGCUGCUACUAGAUUGAAGGAAACAAGCCCACCUCAGAGAGAAACGGACGUAAAGAUGCUUGCUGUGAAUGGUUCUCCAAAAGAAAAUGAUGUCAUCAGUUCUGGUAAAGGACCACCAGAGAAGUGUAAUGGUGGCCGUUGUUUAGCAAGAGAUGUGAGAUGUAAACUGGUGUUCUCUGAGGCUGACAGAUCUCAUUCCUGUUAUGUCAUUGCUGUGAAUAGUGUGGACCUCUUACUUAAGCUGGAGGAGAUGUCAUUGGAGAUAAACCAGCAGUGUGAGAGCAGCCCUGCCUCCAUGUUUCAUCCCAGGCGAGGGGAAGCAUGCCUUGCAAAGUUUGUCAGAGGAGAUGGCAGAUGGUACCGGGCAUUGUGUCUUGCAUUGGACAGCACCUGCUGCCAGGUCAUCUUUGUGGACUAUGGCAACACUGAGAAAGUCUGUCAUGCCGACAUUCGACCAAUUCCAAGGCAGUUCCUGGGGCUCCCCUGCCUGGCCCUGUAUUUCCCUCAGCAAGAUAUGGGUAUGAACUCAGUGAAUGGGAAGGAGGAGGGAGCAGGCCAGACAAAUUCUCUAGCAGGCUUUACUUUCCUUGCAACUUUGAAUUUAUCACCUGAGGGUAAGAUUAAGUUCCUAGAAUAGUGCGCUUGCAAGGACCAACAGAUUUUCUCUCUCUCUCUCUCUCUCUCUCUCUCUCUCUCUCUCUCUCUCUCUCUCUCUCUCUCUCUCUCUCUCUCUCUCUCUCUCUCUCUCUCUCUCUCUCUCUCUCUCUCUCUCUCUCUCUCUCUCUCUCUCUCUUCUCUUCUCUUCUCUUCUCUUCUCUUUCUUUCUUUCUCUCUCUAUUCACAGUUCCAUAAUACAAGUCUGAUGGAAGUUUGGUGUAAGUUCACUACUUAGUACACCCUUCUGCAAUCAAGUGGUUCUCUCCCAUAGAAUUGUGUGUUUCAUGCUAUAUUACUGAAUCUGUAAUAUAAGAAAGUGAGUGACAUUACAUGUCUUAUAGGUGGAGUGUAUUUUCAACCAGUUUUCACCAUGUUUCAUUUCAUUGGAUGUACACUAGUUUCUAUCAAGAGACUUUCAAGUGUAUUUGUACAUUUGGUGGGUUAGCAAUAAUGCAGCAGACCAGUGUUUCAAAGAAGUGGGGAGAGGUUGUGGAUGGUUGCACAGGAAACCUGCUUUUUUGUAUACUUCAUGGGAUGUUACAAGAAGUCAUUCACAGAAGGAAUAUUUUCAGAUAUGAAGACUUGGUCAGUCAACAUUGUCAUUUAUGAGACCUAAAGCAGUCACAUUAGUUUUGUAGGUUUGUAAACUUAUUUGGCCUUAUAAAACUCUCCUAACUUAGUUGUAAAAGACAUACAUACUAGUAUUAAUUGGAAGUUAUCUAUUUACAAUGGCUUUGUUUGAGUAGCCAGAUAUCAUGGUUACAACAGGCUGUUUUGUGUUACACAAUAAAAUGUAAGUUUCUACUGGAUGUGAAGAUAAGCAUUUAUGUAUUUUAUUAUUAUUUUACUUCAAAUGAGUUUGAAAGUACUUUUAUGGUUUUGAGUCAGUUUUGUUUUGUCUUUUGGUUCCCUACAAUUGAUGAGGUGGUAGGUGGUGUAAGGCAGCUGUAUGGCUGGGAGUGUUGUGGCACUGGCCUGGUGGUAAAAGGAAUGUAAGGGAUUGGGCGGCAGUAAAGUGCAUCAUUACAAAAAUGUCAUUUGUUUUUCAUAUGAACUUUGGAGUGCGCAGAAGAAUGAAAAGAUUUUUUUAUUUAUUUAUUUUUAUUUAUUUAUUUUUUUGUGCUUUUCUUGGCAGGUGUAGUACUAAAUUAGUGUUAAUAUUACUUGUUUGCUAUGGUCAGUCAUCCCAUUAGUGUUCCAGGCACCCCCCUAUCAACUGGUCUACUAGUGCCCUGGGUGGGAGACCUUCCUGUGGUGCCAGGGUGUUGGCUAACUUUGUUACUUGCUUAGUUCACACUUCAGGGGAAUUUCCAGAAAUUGAAAAUAUAAGUGUUAUAGGCAAUGAGGUGUAUCCUGUACCUUCAUGAUGAUGAUGAUGAUUACUACUACUACUACUACUACAGAUAACUUGGCAGAUCCCUGUAAAGUGGUGACAAGUGUGCUCUCUGUUCCACAUCAAAGGCCAAGGGGCUAAGAGCGGUGUGAAUGUGAAAGGUGUGUGCCUUGUCUUGGCAAACCACGUUUUCGGGUAGACAACCUUGGCAUGUAUUAUUAUUAUUAUUAUUAUUAUUAUUAUUAUUAUUAUUAUUAUUAUUAUUAUUAUUAUUAUUAUCAUCAUCAUCAUCAUGGACAGCCAUGUGUUGGGUCAUCUUGCAUGACUUGGAUAAUAAUGGUCAGAGCAGCUCUUAACAUUUAACUAACGGUAGAAACCAUUCAUUAUUUUUACCACUGUUUUGCUUUGCAUGUGUAUACUGUAGGGAAGUAAAUUACGUCUAUAUGGCUUAUUGUAAUUUCACCAAGAAUCUGUAAUCAUUACUAAUUAUUAUGACAUUGUAUUAUUUUGUUUUCAUCUUAAUUUUAUUAUUGUUUUCUCAUCUUAGUUUGAAUGAUGUAACAUUUAUUUAUAUGUAAACUUGUCAUGUCAGAAAGAUAAAGUUGUAUUCUCAAAGGUCUCAAUCUAUACAUAGGUAUCAGUCAUGUAAAGCUCGUGGGUUUCAGUAAAUUUAAUAAAAUUUGAUAUUAAGAAUUUGAGUUAUCAUCUUGUUGAUUAAGGUGUGGCAAGUAAAAGUGUUUGAGUGGUGCCAGCGCGCUGGUCAAGAGGUGAGUUCCUUGCAUGAUCGUAGGAUUAUGGUCCUGUCCUUGUAAGCUGUUCCUUGCUUCUUGGUUAUGCUUGUGGAGUGUUGGCAGGGGAUCAUAACUCAUGAACGUCAUGGGAAAAGCAACCACCAAAUACUGGGUACUUAUUCAGGUGGAUAGAAGAUGAAAUAUAUUCUAGUAAGAUCAGUUUGUUCACAUUGAAUGUCAAGAUUCUGAUCUAAGUGGGUUACUCCAGUUCUCACUUGACCGAGACAAGGCGCCAUAAUGUACACACGCUCUUGAUGAUACUCCCAAACAUUAUAUAAGAACAUGACACAUAAAGGUGUGAAUUAAAAUCACAUCUUGGCCUUUAAGAAGAAGAGAAAGAGAGAGAAUCUAUGUCUGCACACCGGAGAUCGUUCUUAAGAUAACGCCCAAACAAGACAACUUGUCUAAUUUUUCGUUGAACAAGAUGGUGACACGGGAAGUGGUUGCUGCUGUGUGCUAGUGUAAGGCAGUACAAGAGCCUGUGCAUAAGGACUAGGAAAGGUUAUAAUCUUAACUCGGCAAAUUACAUUAGUGGUGGGUGCAUCAUUUGCAAGAUUGUAACCCUUUCCAGUCCUUAUGCGCAGACUCCUGGGCUCCCUAGGAGAGAGAUUAUGUUUAGAUUAUAUAUAAUUAUUUUUGUAGUUAUCUAAAAUUACUAUUGUUUGAUUAAAUGUUACUAGUAUUUCA